GAAAGGGCGUUUUGCAAGGCACCGCGGAUUUUUCUGUGUUGUAGCAAGUUUUCUUUUUGCACUUUAAGUUUCUUUUUUUUAUGUGCAGAUUUACAAGGCCAGUGGCAUGUAAAUCUCAUAUUUCACUAAUGUGCCAGUCUUACAAAUGGAAAGGGGGCUUCACUUUGGAAACGUGAGCAUUUCCCUGGUGCUCCUGCUGUUGCUGAAAGCGCUCAUCGGAAUCGGGACCUCGCGAGCUCAGGGCUCCGCCAUCGGGAGGGAGCCGCAGACCGUCGCCGCCGUCACCAACUGGGGUCCGGGCUCGACCUCGGCGGAAGAUGGUGCGAGAGUCAUGGAGCGCGGCUUGGAGAACGUAGGCAGCCCGGUGAUCGGAGCGGACGUUACCGUGGAGGACGACGACAACGGGUCGGCGGGGGAGACCGAGGAGUCGUACGGAGAAAGUAACGGCAGCGUCCGACCGACCAGGUCUCUAGUGAUCAUCAGUACCCUGGAUGGACGGAUCUCGGCUCUGGAUCCCCACAACCAGGGCAGGAAGCAGUGGGACCUGGACGUCGGCUCAGGGUGCUUGGUGUCCUCCAGCCUCAGCAAGCCUGAGGUGUUUGGCAAUAAGAUGGUCAUCCCUUCACUGGACGGUGCCUUGUUCCAGUGGAACCGGGACAGGGAGAGUAUGGAGGCAGUGCCUUUCAGCGUGGAGUCCCUGCUGGAGUCGUCCUACCGCAUCGGAGAGGACACAGUUCUGGUCGGGGGCAAAUCCCUCACUACCUAUGGCCUGGGGGCUUACACCGGCAAGCUCCGCUACAUCUGCUCGGCGGGGGGCUGCAGCCGCUGGGGGGAGGACGAGGUGGAGGCCGAGGAUGUUCUGCUGCUGCAGAGGACUCAGAAGACUGUCAGAGCCAUCAGGCCUCGAUCAGGGAUGGAGAAGUGGAACUUCAGUGUCGGAAACUUUGAGCUGAAACUUCUCCCCGAGAUGCAGCCUGGAAUCAACUUCCUGGAGGGAGACGUGGUGAACGGCGAAACCUGGAAGGAGAGUCAGCGGGUCAUCACCGACGAGCCCAGAGAGAGGGAGCAAAAGGAGAACCAGCAGAACCAAAACCACCAUUUGGACCUCGUCAUCAAAGUGUCUGUUCCCGACUGGAAGGUCAUGGCCUUCAGCAGCGAGCCUGGCGGGCAGCUGGUCUGGGAGCGUCAGUUCUGCACCCCCAUCGCCUCGGCCUGGCUGGUGGGAGGCGGCAAAGUCACGCCGAUCAGCCUGUUCGACGACACCGGCUAUAGCAACCAGUCCGAAACUGAUGAAGAGGAGGAGGAGGAUGAUCCGGAGAAGGCCCGGAGAGCUGCAGAGUCCAGUGUUUACCUCGGGAUGUACCAGGGACAGCUCUACCUCCAGUCUUCAGUCAGGAUCACUGGGAAGUUCCCCACCAAAGCCAUUGGGUCAGAAAAGGAUAUAAUUCCACUGCCCACUGUCAAAUGGAAACCUCUGAUACAUUCUCCGUCUCGGACUCCGGCCCUGGUCGGCUCCGACGAGUUUGACAAGUGUCUGAGCAACGACAAGUUCUCCCACGACGAAUACAGCAACGGAGCCUUAUCCAUCCUCCAGUAUCCGUACGACAACGGCUACUACUUCCCCUACGGCAAGCGCUACCGGGAGAAACGCGACAGCGCCGUCAGCGUGAUAAAGGGCACCGGGGUGGACGGCGACCCUCGCAGGAGGAAGGACCCGGUGCUGCUGCUGCCCUGGUGGAAGGAGAUCCUCGGCACCAUCGUCUUCUGCAUCGUCGCCACCACCUACAUCGUCCGCAAGUUCUUCCACCCUCCGGCUCCCGUGGCCUAUGUGAGGCAACGGAAAGAGUCGGAGACACAGUGCCAGACGGACAGCAAGUUUGACCUUGAAGUUGUGGAAUCCAAAGAGCCGGUUGCCAUGGAGACCCGUUCCAACGAAUAUGUGUCCAGGUACCUGACAGACUUCGAGCCGGUGCAGUGCCUUGGCCGCGGGGGGUUCGGCGUUGUGUUUGAAGCCCGCAACAAAGUGGACGACUGCAACUACGCCAUCAAAAGGAUCCGCCUGCCCAAUAGGGAGCUGGCCCGCGAGAAGGUGAUGCGAGAGGUGAAGGCCCUGGCAAAGCUGGAGCACCCGGGGAUUAUCCGCUACUUCAACGCCUGGCAGGAGAGCCCCCCGGAGGGCUGGCAGGAGGAGAUGGACCAGAGGUGGCUGAAAGACGCCAGCACCACUGACUGGCCAAUGAGCUUCCUGGAACACAUGGAGGCGCUGUCGGUCAAGGUCCCAGUGUCCAGCUCCGUGUCUCCGGUCCCAGGGCCCGAUGGCGACGUCCUGGCGGCCUCCGUCGAUGCCCGAGCCCUCCUCUCCAGCAGCGGCGGCGGAGGUGCCGUGAGCUUCGGCGUGGACGACGGAGACCUGUCAUUCCAGCCGCUGCUGGGCCACGACAGCCUGAUGUCGGAGCGGGACAGCCAGGCCGACCCUGACGCCUCAGACACCCCCCACUCCUUCGAGCUGUGCCCGCCACGGGGCCCCAGCGACUGCACCUCCUCCUCCUUCGACAUCGUGUUCGAGGACUCGGGCUGUGAUCGGGACGCCGACGCCGACACCGACUCCAGCGCCGCCAGUCCCAGCACGGCGACUGAGAAGAACAGCUCGUCUUCCUCACACACCCGGCGGCAGGAGUCGGUCCCGCCUUCGUCGUCCUCCCCUCCCCGGCCGACCUCGCUCACCCUGGCUCUGCCCACGACGCCGCCCACACAGAGGGUCCAGCCUUCCCCAAAGGUGUAUCUGUACAUCCAGAUGCAGCUCUGCAGGAAGGAGAACCUGAAGGACUGGAUGGCUCAGCGCUGCCUGCCGGAGCAGAGGGAGCACAACCAGUGUCUGGACAUCUUCGUCCAGAUCGCCGAGGCCGUCGACUUCCUGCACAGCAAGGGGCUCAUGCACAGGGACCUCAAGCCCUCCAACAUCUUCUUCACCAUGGACGAUGUGGUGAAGGUGGGAGACUUUGGCCUGGUGACGGCGAUGGACCAGGAGGAGGACGAGGACGAGCCGAGCGCCCUGACGCCCGCCCCGCUCCUCACCCGCCACACCGGCCAGGUGGGCACCAAGCUCUACAUGAGCCCUGAGCAGCUCUCUGGGAACUCGUACUCUCACAAAGUGGACAUCUACUCUCUGGGUCUGAUCCUGUUUGAGCUGCUGUAUCCGUUCAGGACCCAGAUGGAGCGAGUGAGGACGCUGACAGAAGUGCGAGCGCUGUGCUUCCCAGAGGUUUUCUCCAGGAACAACGUGCAGGAGCUGAGCAUGGUGCGCAGCAUGCUGUCGCUGAGCCCCAGCGAGCGUCCAGAGGCGGUCGACAUCACCGGGACUCCCCUCUUCCAGGAGCUGGAGCUGCCGUGCCGCCUGGCCAUGAGGCAGCGCUCCCGCACCUACAGCGCCUCCUCCAUGGGCCGGCCCUCGCGCCAGACCUCCGCUACCUAAACAAUCCCAUCAUGCAAUAUGUGAUGAAACCCCCCCAACCUCCGCCCCUGUUUUCCCUCCCUGCCGUCGCCGCCACACUCUGCCUCAGAUAAACCACUUUAAACGCCGGCGGAGGCGACACGUGUGCCUCCUGCUCGGUACAAACACACACAUGCCGUUACUCACCACCAUGCUGCCCUGCUUCUCAAUUCGCUUCGUAACGUUCACGACCAGACUCGGCUCAAGAUGGGAGGGGGAUCAGCGGGCGUUUUAAACGCAGACUCAAGUAGUCGUUUGAUUAGUUUAUUUCUUUUUAAACCUGUGAUCGUCCUAAACAGCACACAGCUCCGACCUUCCACCCCCGUCUGGUCCCCACAUGCUGCUUCGCUCCCACCAAUCAGCCAGUGUUCACCCACUCACCCACUCACUCAGUCACUCAGUCACGCUACACCUCAGGUAUCAAAACCAAGAGGACACUCCGAAGGGGCCUUUGAUGCUCGAUCAUCCAAACGGUGUUCCGACACCCGAUAAUGCCUGAUUUGGGAGACCAAAAAAAAAAAAAAAAAAAGAGACCAUCUGUUGUUUUUUUUUCUUUCUGUUUCUUACUAAACGAGAGAAGGUGACGUAUUGAGAAGUCCAUCAGAUAUGACUUGCCUUUAGAAGGGGGCCUGCGAGCCCCUCUGGAUGAAUGCUCAUGUCUUUAUGUGCCCGACAGGGACAGUGAAGGGGUGAAUGUGAGUUUCUUAAAGCCAGUACUUGGACGCAGUUUUUUUUUUUUUUUCUUUUUCUUUUUUUUCCUGUGUGUAAAUUUUACACGAUAACUCCGAGGUGCUCAAUCAUUGUUUUCUAACACCUCCUCUCUGCUCUCUGUACAUACCUAAAGGGGGAGAAAUAACCCUGUUUAUACCUGUUUUGUUUUUUGUUUUCCUCUUUACGAUAGAUCAAGCGUGUACAUACUGUAAGGCUUGUAAAUGGCUUUUCCACGAGGCGACUGAAAGAUGAUGAAACUGUGAGAGAGGGAACAAAGAGGAGACGCCAUUACCGGAUGGCUGAAUGUUACAGCGCGACAUGCGGUCACCUCUUCUGGACGUUAUUCUCAGUGUUUAGUUGGUUUUCUUGGGGGGUUGUUUUUGAGGGGGGGGAGGGUGAACCUGCAGGAACCAGAGUGCCAUUUGAAAGUCAGUUAAGUGUACUUUUUGUCCUGAUUUCUUUUUCUUUCCAACCUCCCCGUCGUCCAGGCGAGGUCGGCGGCUCUCCCGUUGAGAAACUGGACCUGAUGUUGAUCCACAUAGACUGUCAUGUGCGAUAGAAGUGCUGGGAGAGUCACACAAACUGCUUUCUAUGAUUGUACUUUUUCUAAGGAUCUUUUUUUUUUGUUUUUUUGAUUAUUCCGCAGGGGUGUUUUUUUUUGUUUUUUUUUUUUGCAUCGACUGUCUCAAACCGACGUCCGUCCGUUUAUCAGCUCGGCUCAAAAACGAUCAAUUCUGUGUUCAGACAAAUCCUCCAAACGGUAAAAAUGUGAAAAAAAAAACUCUGUGAAUCGAAGCCUUUUUUUCUAGAAUCAACGUUUGAUACUCGAUUUUGAUUAAAUAUUGGAUUCAGGGUUCUAUAAAGGUAGCUGAAAGGAUUUUUUUCUGUCCUCUGUUUUAUAGAAACCUGAGAGAUUCGUAACGACGAAGGCCACGACUUUAGCCACCGCCGCUAGUAAAUAGUUCGUCCUCUUUGUACCGAUACUGAUACUGCAAACAGCAGCGUUACUGAUUCUGUCGUCAGGUGUUUGAACCGACAACAUGUGACUCACGCAGUAGGUUGUUUUCAUGCUUCGUCCAAUCGUGUUUCUCCUCCGUCCACUCCCGCCGUCCGGGUGGGACAGACCACUUCCUCUCCAGGCCGGACGCGGAGUUCCGUGUUUUCUCGCGCACAAAACUCUUCCCCCCCGUUUCCUCCGGCCAUGUUGAAUUGUAAAUAUGUUUAUUUGCUUUAUUUAUGUUCCGAUGCCGUGAUCAAUCCUUUUUUGGGUUGGUGUUAUUACGAAUGCGCUUCAUGCGAUUGGAGUGCGUUGGAAUAUGAUGACUUCUUAUAAGUCUAAAUUUAAUAAACUGUUCUAUACCAUUUGUACA